CCUUUUUUCUCUGCAGAAGUUCAGAAACGUUUUGGACGACGACAGGCAUGUUCCCACAGGAAUUCAUUAUUGGUUUUCCUAAAUGUGUAAAAAUCAGCAAAGUCGCAAUCCAGUGUUAUUUGGUGCGGACCUUAAGGAUUGAAAGAAGCGUAUCUAAAGACCCGGUAGGUUUUGAACAGUGCAUUGAAAAAGAUUUGCAACACACAGAAGGACAGCUUCAAAUGGAAGAAUUUCCCCUUCCUGAUUUCCAAGCCACUUACUUGCGUUUUAUCAUCAAGUCUGCCUUUGAUCAUUUUGUAUCAGUGCACCGGGUGAUGGCAGAGGGCACAGCAGAAAACACUUAAGUCCAGCUUAAAUUUGUACCUCAGUUUUUUUUAUAAAGAAGUUACAGUUUGAUAUCUGUAGCACAGAGAAUAUUUAUUAUUAAAACCUUGUAUUAAAGUGGUUUUUGAAGGUAUGGAUGUAGUAUGUAUUCCCCACCAGUUUAAUGUAUGUAAUGCAGUAUUCAAUAUUGUAGUAACAGCUUUCUAGUUUUAUAACCUAGACUGUUACCCUAGAACACUUGAACAUAACUGAGUCCAUUUAAAUUAGUAUGUUUGUAUCAGGCUUUCUUAAUACAUGAAUUAAAACUAGAUU